AUGGCGAAGGGCAAAGUGAGAGCGAAGAAAGCAUCCAAAGGUAGCGAAAUUGAAUGUGAAGACAGAAAGGAAGAUGGUACUCUAAUUGAAUUGAGGAAUACAUGUGGUGAGAAGCUGGAUCUGAAUAAUAAGUCGGCUUCAUCUGGGGUUGCAAAAUCACCGAAGAAGGGAGGUAAAUCACCAAGGGCUGAGGAUGAAUUGAAUCUGGAGCAACAAGCGGAGCGUUUGAGUGAAAUUCUAGGGGUCAAUAAUGCCAGAAAAUUGGAGUGGCCGGAGGAACAGAAACAACCGGCGAAUGCUUGGGAAAAAUUUGAUGUAAAGAAACUUCGGAAUGUGGGAGUUCCAUUAGAUUUUGUUCCUCCAGAAGAGCUGGAGGGCAUAAAGAUAGCCAUGGUUCAACAAAAGGAUGUCCAGUUGGAAAUGGAAUAUUGGCAAUCGUCGUAUAAGGCCAUGGACAGUUACUAUCGGAAAUUAUGGAAAGACCUAGGUGUGGAUAAAGUGUCGCAUUGCCAGUACCUGGGCAAACCAAUUGCAACUGACAGCCUAACAGCUUCGAAAGAUAAAGCAGCUUAUGCUAGAGUUUUGGAAGAAGUAGAGAUUCAAGAACAUCCACCUUUAACAGCUCACUUUGUGGAUGAAACGGGGAAGCUAAUUGAGUAG